AUGUUGGACAAGAAAGAGCCCAAGUUAACAGCUAAUCGCUCAAUGUUGUUGCUAUCCUCACCGUCUAGGCUCAAUGUGGUGUCAUCUGAUUGGUCUAAAGUUGAAAAACACAAUAAAGUCAUGAAAAAUAGAGCAUCACAUCAUCAUCAUCAUACUCUCCAUAGGUCCCUGUCAAAUGUCACAAACAUCUCUCAUGGAACUUCAACAUCAUCUAUCCAGCGUACAAAGUUAACACAAGGCGUACCUCCUCUUCUGCGAAAAAGUUCUUCAUAUUUUAAGGAGGAAUCACUGAAGGAUGGGGCAUCUAUCGAUACUUCUGAAAUAGCAUCUUCGGCCUUCGUAUCCACCGACAGAUUUAUUCCCGUGAGAAACACGGGGACGGUGGCUAAAUGUGACGAUGAGACGGAGGAUCAAGAUAUAUCGCCACCGCCCAAUGCGUCUCCUUCCACCCAUCUUAAAGCUCGUACUAAGAUAGUUUUCAAGCAAAAUAUUGCUGAGGCGUGUGGACUAGAUAUGACGCAACGUAUCUUGCAAUAUAUUCCGCAACCGCCGCAGUCAUCGGUAAAAAGGGCCUUAUAUUCCAUCGGCAGUAGAUCUCAGUACCACUACAGCUCUGGUGCACAGUCACUUAACAAGUUUGCCAGACUAAGAAAGGUUAAUACUAAUCCUGAGAGGAUACUUGAUGCACCAGGUUUUCAGAACGACUUCUAUUUGAACUUGUUAAGCUGGUCACAGAAAAACGUGUUAGCAAUCGCAUUAGACCAAAGCUUAUACUUGUGGAACGGCGAGACAGGUGAAGUUAGCUUGCUUGUGGAGUUUGAAAACGAAACGAUCACUAGUGUUGUUUGGUCUAACGAUGACUGCCAUAUAUCUAUAGGAAAAGAUGAUGGUAACACAGAGAUUUGGGACGUAGAAACCAUGUCCCAUGUAAGGACAAUGAGGAGCUUGCUUGGGGUGAGAAUCUGCUCUCAAGACUGGUUGGAUACUGUUGUUUGCAUUGGAGCCAAAAGUGGGGAAAUACAAGUUAACGACGUUAGAGUUAAAGAUCAUAUAGUUAAUACUUGGGAAAAGCACACCAGCGAAGUAUGUGGUAUUAAAUUUAGACAAGAUGGGUUACAAUUGGCAUCUGGUGGUAACGAUAACACCGUGAUGAUCUGGGAUACAAGACAGGAUGACCCUGUAUGGGUUAAGAGAAACCACAACGCCGCAGUAAAGGCAAUUGCAUGGCACCCUGAUGUGCUUAACCUGUUGGCUACAGGAGGUGGAUCUUUAGACAGGCAUAUCCAUUUCUGGAAUACUACCACUGGUGCACGCAUAGGGAGCAUCAACACAGGUUCCCAAGUGUCGUCCUUACAUUGGGGACAGAGCUAUGAGGGCUCACACAUGAAUAAAGAAAUAAUCGCAACUGGUGGCUCACCUGAAAACUCCAUUUCCAUAUAUAAUUAUGAUUCUAAAAUCAAGGUUGCUGAGAUCACACAAGCACACGAAUCACGUAUUGUAUCCAGCCAACUAUCACCUGACGGUACCACCAUUGCUACAGUUGGUGGCGAUGAGAACUUGAAGUUUUACAGGGUUUUCGAUGCCAGAAGAAAGAAAGUACGUGACCACGAAACGGAAAGCUUCUUGGAGAUUAUGGGUGUUGGCAAAAAAGGUGACGAAGAAAGCAGCACCUCCCUCUCACCCAAGAAAACCAAUUUCAUCAUUAGGUAG